UCCUGCUGUCUGUCACAGAGUUGGGAGAAGCGAGAUUGUCAAGAUGGCAGCCCGCCGUGUAGCCCUGAAGGCCCUCGACUGGGUGGCAUUUGCUGAGCGUGUUCCACCCAACCAGAAGGGCAUGUUUAAUGCCCUCAAGACCCGCAGUGAUGCCAUCUCUGCUAAACUAGCUUCCCUGCCAGAGUCUCCCGUGGCCAUUGACUGGAGCUAUUACAAGAGUGCUGUGGCCAAAGCUGGGAUGGUUGAUGAGUUUGAGAAGAAGUUUAAAGCGCUGCAGAUCCCUCAGCCUGUUGAUACGCAGACAAGUGCCAUCAACGCGCAGGAGGCAGAAGCUGACAAAGAUGCCACAGCUUACGUGGAAGCGUCAAAAGCUCGCAUCGCUCAGUAUGAGGCGGAGUUGGAUAAGUUUAAGAAUAUGAUCCCCUUCGACCAGAUGACCAUUGAAGAUCUCAACAACACCUUCCCUGAGACAAAGUUGGACACUGUCAAAUAUCCAUACUGGCCCAACAAGCCCAUUGCUGAACUGUAACUACUUCAUUGACUUGCCACUCACAAUAAAAAUACAUAUUUUAAAUGUUUCAAA